AUGUCUCCCACCUCUCAGUCGACCCCUUCGUCGAGCGGUCGGUCACCCGAAGAGCAGUUCCGGGUUGUGCGCAAGAGAAAUCGGGUACCCCUGAGCUGCUACCCGUGCCGAACCAAGAAGAAGUGUGAUAGAGGUCACCCGUGCAGCAAUUGCGUUAAGCGCGAUGGCGACAGCGCGUCGACAUGCACUUACGCGGCGCCCGUGAAUCGCAAGAAGAAUCAGGCUGCAUCAGCAAGCCCGGACGACAUGCAGAACCGCAUUGACAGACUAGAAAAUUUAGUCUUGUCUUUGAUGCACACUGGAAACGGAGUGGACGCAGCGACUGCCGCAUCUGCAGCUAGCAUUGUCCCAGGUGUCAGCGCUGCGAACUCAGUAUCACGCACCGACAGCAUAUCAUCAGCACCCAAGGACACGGGCAGCAGCCAGCCACAAGACGAUAUGGACGAUGAGAGCGACGUGGACGAUGGCCUGGCGACCUCGCUUGGUGUCCUGAAGGUCGACACAGAUCGUGGCAAGUCCAUGUACAUCGGCCAGGAGCACUGGCACACGAUUCUGUCCGACAUUGCUGAGGUAAAGAACUACUUUGUCAUGCACCGCAAAGAUCUCGAGAAGAGCUACGAGCGGGUGCUCCAGAGCAAACCCGCCACCGCCAGAGAAGCACCGACAUUCUUACUUGGAGCUGAGGCAACGACGGAGGGUGAUCUCCGCGCAGAGCUACCCCCAAAAUCGACCGUUCUCACCCUCUGCGGCCGUUACUUCAACUCGAUGGACAACGCCGUGAACAUCAUCCACGCGCCUACUUUCAAUGCACAGCUACGCAGCCACUGGCAGAAUCCCUCAAAAACGCCAAUCAUGUGGCUCGGCCUAUUAUAUUCAGUCAUGUGCCUGGCCAUGCUGAGCUACCACAAGGUGGGCGACGAGCCACCUGAGUGGAAGGGCCACGCUAUGGAGCUCGCCUCGCUGUUCCGUGUGCGCACGGUCCAGUGUCUUACGACGGCGGACUACACCAAGCCUGUCGAGUAUACGGUAGAGACCAUGAUUCUCUAUGUGUUCGGCGAGUACUCCUCCCGCUGGGACGCUGAUCUCGGCCUCUGGCUGAUCGGCUCUCUGAUUACGAGAGUGGCUUUCCGCAUGGGAUACCACCGGGACGCCAAAUGGUUCCCAUCCAUUACGCCCUUCCAAGCCGAAAUGCGCAGAAGGACAUGGGCCCUGGUGCGGAUGUGCGACGUUAUGUUCUCCCACCAAGUGUCGCUGCCCAACAUGAUCUACGAUCACGAUUGUGACACGCAGCUCCCACUGAACAUUUUCGACGAGGAGUUUGGUCCUAACACCAAAGUGCUCCCACCUUCCCGACCCAACUCGGAGCCCACACCCAUUGCCUACAUGAUUGCCAAGGUCAAGCUGUGUCUGGAGCUGGGUAACAUUCUCCAGGCAACGACGCGCGUUGGCAAGCCCGUUCCGUACGAAGAAAUUCUCCGGUACGACGCCCGCCUCCGUGAGAUCAAGGAAGAGAUUCCCUCUCACCUCAAGCUGCAGCCCCUGGAGGGCUCGCAAGACCCUCUGACUCUCAUCAUUGCUCGGUUCAACAUUGAUAGUCUGUACCAGAAGAUCAUGUGUCUGCUGCAUCGCAAAUACCUAUCUCGGGCGAGACAGAAUCCACGGUAUGCCCACUCGAGACGGAGCGCGAUCGAAGCCUCGAUGGAAACACUGCACCACCUGCAAACACUCAACAAGGAGUCGCAGGCCAACGGACGGCUGCGGUCUAUCAAGUGGUAUGUCGCGUCCAUUGCGACCAAGGACUUCCUGUUGCCAGCUAUGCUUGUAGCACUGGAGGUUCGUUACGACAACCUGGCCAGCAAGGACGGCCAAGAAGAAGACGGUUUCUGGACGCGCGAACAGCGCGCCGACAUGAUUAACAUGCUCACCUCGACCAAAGAAAUUUGGCGGCCUCUGGCCGAUGGCUCGAUGGAGGCCUACAAAGCCUACAACAUCAUCCGCAUCGUCUUGGAGAAGAUUGGAACGACGCCAACGACAGGCCCGCGUCCUACAGAAGCAUUUGUGACGUCCGGCGUCUGCUCCGUCGAUCCCCCUUCGGCCACCAAGUCCACUCCGUCCGACAACUCCGUACAGGUCGACACCCCCCUCACCGAUCCGGUCAUGGACCAGACUGACAUGAUGGCCCCGCUGAACAUGAUGUCUGGGACGAUUCCCGGUUUCGAGAGUGCGUCUACGACGACCUCCCCAUCCACCGCUGCCAAUACGGCUGCUAUCAACACGGCUGCCACCAAUUCCAUGUUUGGUUCGAUGCCAGCGCCUGGUGGAACGGCGUUCAACACCAUUGACCCGACGCUCUCGGCAGCCAUCGAUGGUGGCUUGACCGCGACCGAUCUGAAUGGAGACAUGAUGAGCUCCAUGGCUGGCUUUAACAUGUUCAGCCAGGCGAUGGGCAGUGGUGUGCCAAACAUUAUGGAUGACGCCAUGGACUUUACGACCAACUUUGACUGGAGCGGUCCAUUUGCCGCUGGCGACCAGACCUUCCAGUUCUUCAGCAGCACGGAUCAGCCUCUUGGAACGAACGUGGCUAGCGACGGCACCGGAAACACCUUUAACUACAGCGGCACCGACAUGCCGGGCUCCGGUCCGUCUACGUGA